GUCUCCUGCUGCACGGGCUUUGGGGGUGGUGCCUCCACGCAUCUGAGUGCUGCAGACAGGAAGAGUCUCAGCCAGGCAGAUAGAGAGCUGAUGGUGGCGGGAUGGCGGUGAGCAGGGCCCCAGAGCUCCCACUGCUCCCUGGGCUCCUCACACUCCCCUGUAUGCUGCUCCGGGCUCUGGCCAUCCCAGAGGUGUGGCAGUCGCCCCACUACAUGGUGGCCCUGGAGGGGAGCUCUGUCAACAUCACCUGCUCCGCCAGUGGGGUCCUGUUGGGGGUGUACCUGAGGCGCAGCUGGCCGGAGCCUACCAACGUGAUUUACUAUGAAGACGAGAAGGAGCCCACAGUAGACGAGCAGUUUCAGGGUCGCAUUGCCUUCUCGGGGCUGCAGCACAACCUGACCGUCACCGUGGGCGGCCUGCAGCUGUCUGACAAUGGCGCCUAUGUGUGCCAGGCCGUCACGAUGGACGCCGAAGUCCAAGGCUCUGGCACCUUGCUGGUGGUGACAGACAAAGCAGCGGGCACGUACCAGGAAACUCGGCUGGUCUCUGCCGUCUGUCCGGUCCUGGCUAUAAGCUUCUUCCUCAUCGGGCUGGGGAUAGGGGCCGUGUGCGCGCUGAGGACGCAGGUCAAGAAACUCUGCUGCAGGAAGGAUAAGAGCUCAGUCUAUGUGGUGUACGAGGACAUGUCCUACAGCUGCCGAAACAGGAUGUCGGCCCCCAACGAGUACCAGUGAGCCCGGCAGGCCCCCCCAGCCCUCUCUCUGCUCACACCUCUGGUCAGGGCCGCCUGACCCAGCGAGACCACACUGGCAGCUCCCUGCAGCCAUCAGGCCUUGGCACCUCCUCCAGGAACCCUUCCUUGCCUGCAUCCUUGCCUACAUCCUGCCCUGCUGCUAGGGAGGAAGCCUCUGUGGCUGCCCUUCCCUGGCGAGGCAGGAGGGGCUUCUCUAGGGUGGGCUUGGGCCCAGGGCCUGGUGGAGAGGCCAGAGGGAGGGGAGGCCCAGUCUCUGGUGCAGGCUUGCCACAAAUAAAGUGCUUCUCUUCUCCCC